GGAAGGAACGUCACCGUGUCCCUGCAGUCGCGCACGACGGCCACACCCACAUGGUCGGUCGGUCGUCGGCAUGCUGGUCUUCCUGCAGUUCUGGUUCUGGUUCCCGCUGGCACACUUCCUGAGUCUCGCCUUCACACCCACCUGUCUCGUCGGCCUGAACGCCAACAUGGCUAUGCCAAAAAUGGAGUUCCGUUCGAAUGCAAAGCCGUCAAUGUAUGCCUACCCUCUCCCGCUGGAAGAGAAGAAGGAGAAGGAGAAGGAGAAGGUGUCGACUGCAAUCCUCAGCAUCACGGCUAAAGCAAAGAAGAAGGAGAUGGAGCGAGAAAAGCACAGAAGCCAGGACUCCAAGAUGGAAGUGGAUGAGGCUGAGAAGAAGGAAGAAGGCGCUGAUAAGGAAGCAACUGCCGAGAAGGAAGCAACUGCCGAGAAGGAAAAGAAAGAAGCCAAGUCGAAGGAGAGCCCGAAGGAGAGCCCGAAGGAGAGCCCGAAGGCGAAGGAGGAGGUGAAGAGCAAGGAGGAGAAGAGCGCCGGCAAAGAUGCGGAGAAGUCCAAGGACGACGGGAAGGGAAAGAAGGAAGCUGACGGCAAGAGCAAGGAGGAGGAGAAGGAGGAGAAGAAGGAGGAGAAGAAGCCUGAGCCGGAGCCGAGCUUUGAGAUGCUCGUGAACCCGGCGCGUGUGAUGCGGGCGCAGAACACCAGAGCAGGUGCCGAAUGUCGUGUCGGCUGCUCGCCCGAAUCCUACAACCCACACGUGCGCUAUGGAGCUGCGAUGGCGCUUUGUAUCUCGUGCCAGGAACAGGCAACAAGGUAG